AAAAUGCAGGGGUUUUCUCUACGUUUUGAAUGCACUGAGGCAGACUUUGAGUACAACAUGUACAAUGCAAUUCUGGUGUCUUCAAUCAUAUAGCUUUAUGGCUUCAUAGCUUCCAUCAUAUAGUGUAAUGCUAUAUAUAGGCUUAUAGCCUACAUAUGUUUUUGUACUAAUUCAUGUUAGGAUUAGGUCUCAUUCUAGCUGCUCUUGCUGCUGCGCAGUUAAACCGCUGCUACAGUUAUCACCGUGUAAACACACCCUUGUCGCUGAUUGGCUGGGACAUUUUAGCGCGGCGUCCUGCAGCCAAUCAGAGGAUUGUUUUUCUGUCACGUCGUUGCACGGAUAGUAGGCUAACGGAUAUUGCAAACACAAACUAACACAAACAACGCGGGUUUGUUUCCAAAGACGGCACGGCACGGGAAGGGUUGUUCAUGUGGACCGAGUGUUUCCUGAUGGACUUAUAUUCGUGAAAAUGUGGAGCGAACAUCGAUGCGAGGACACACAAAUUGUGUAACGUAAGCUAGUUAGCAUUAGCCUGCUAAUUCACCACAAGGCCGCUGAUAAAAACAACAAGCUUCCUGUUCUGAAGGAUGUAGGUUACUCUACGAUCCGAGUUAUAACACCACAGCUGUUACCUACGCAGCACAAGUUCAGUGGUGCACACGAUUUUAUUAUUAAGUUUGUUUUUAGUUGUGCUUGCAGGCUACCUAGCUUGGUAGCUCUUCGACUAGCUGGUUAGCAUGAGUGAAGUGACUGAUUCCAAACAGUCCGCUGACUCUGCGUCCAGGAAACGGUGUUUGGAGCCCGAUGGAGGCAGCGAGGUGCCCAGCAAGUGCCCAAAAGUCACGGAGACAUUAGAGGAAGCGGGGGCCACUUCGGAAAGUUGCAAAAACAGUGAAGCAGAUGGGGAAGAAACAGCCAGGAAGGAGGACCAGUCAAAGGAGAGCGAGGGAAAACCAGCUGAGGGUCUGCAGGGUCUGCAGGGUUCAGAGGACCCCUGUGCACCACCUGUCAACAACCCCAAGACUAGCAGCCCUAAGGCAAGCAACACAGAAAAGCCACAGUCCUCAGAUGCACAACGCUCUGCUGAAUCUAAGGAAAACACACAGAAAACAGCAGGGGCAAAGCUAGGACCCUCAGCCUCUCUGGAUCAGACCGACUCUGCAGCCAUUGCCGCGGCCGAAGCUCUUGCCAGUCUCACAAGAGGAGACGGGGAAGACAGCCGAGAGACUCCUUGCUCCUCAGAAAAGGCUAAACCGGUGAAACAGGGGAGCAAGAUCAAACAGCGUGGGAGUCACCACCACCACCACCAGUCCUCGAAAACAGGCUCCAGAACGCAGGCAGCGGCAGCAGACAGCUCCACAUCCGUCCACAGCACCGAUAGGGAGGAUGGAGACGAGGUGCCCGGAGCAGACGAAGGAGAUGAAUCCAUAUCUGGAUCCUCGUCCACACCAAGCUCUUCUUUCCCGUCUGACAAUGAGGACAAUGAGGACGGGGAGUGUGCCAUCGUGUCGGUGAAGAUGGCCCCGGAGAUGAGGCAGUCGGUGGCCCUCCUGGCGCAGGUGCAGAUGAGACUGGAGGCUCUGGAGAAGAAGAACGCUCGUCUUCAUCAACGGCUGGAGCUGAAGAUCAGCCGUCAGCGGCGUCCACAUCUGGAUCAGCGCAGAUCCAUCACAAAGACCAUCCCCGGGUUCUGGGUCACAGCUGUAUCCUUAACAUGAGAACUUCCUAUGUUUUGUUCCAAUUAGGGCUAGGCAAUCAAUAUUAUACCGAUAAGACUUUAUUCACCCCGAAGGAAAUUGUUGUGCCAGAGUUACAAAAAUACAAUAAACACAGCAGCAGCAUAAUAAUA